AUGGGUCGGCUUUACACCAUAUCGGUGGCCGUCUUGGCGGCAACGGGGUCGUUUCUCUUCGGUUAUGACUCUGGCGUCAUGACAGAUGUGAUCGACUCGCCCAAUUUCCUAGAGUACUUCAAUACUACGCAAACGUCUUCCAUUGUUGGGGCGAUCAACAGUACCUUUUCGGGUGGAGCGGUGAUCGGCUCUCUACAAGGCGGACUGACCAUGGACCGUUUCGGCCGCAAGUUCACCAUCCAGCUAGGUGCUUUCCUAUGUAUAAUCGGCGCAUCACUACAAGCAGCCGCGCAGAAUCUCUCCAUGAUCCUCAUCGGUCGAAUCCUAGCUGGCUGGGCUGUCGGUCUCAUGUCCAUGGCCGUCCCCGUUUACCAGGCUGAGUGUGCACACCCACGCUCUCGGGGAAUGAUCGUAGGACUAGCACAACAGAUGAUCGGUAUUGGAUUCAUUGUCAGCACAUGGGUCGGCUAUGGAUCCCUCCACGCACCAGCUACAAGCCAAUUCCAGUGGCGAUUUCCCCUCGCCUUCCAGGUUGUACCAGCACUGAUCUUGGGAAUUGGCAUGUUCUUCUUGCCAGAAUCACCGCGAUAUCUGAUAGAAACGGAGCGGUAUACCGAGGCACGGCGCAUUCUCCACAGAUUACACUCCGACGGCUUGAAUGAUGCCUGGAUCGAGGCCGAGUAUAGCGGGAUCUGUACCGCCAUCGAGGCAGAGAAAAGUGUCACUGCAACUGGAUGGAUGGCUAUGUUUACUGUUCCGCAAUGGCGGACUCGACUCUUACAUGGCGUUGCUGUCCAGGUAUUUACGCAGAUGACCGGUAUCAAUGUGAUUGGGUACUACCAAACCAUCAUGUAUAAAUCCCUCGGUAUUACAGGCAGUCGCAGCACGCUUGUCGCAGGCAUUUAUAAUUGUGUUGGCCCGCUCGCCAAUUUCAUCUUUGUAGUUUUCAUUCUCGAUCGUGUUGGCCGCCGAAAGCCCAUGCUCUUCGCUACAGUGGCCAUCUCGCUUGCUUUGAGUUGUGAAGCGGUGCUUAAUUCGCAGAAUCCUGAUGGCCGGAAAGUUGGAUAUAGCAUUGGUGGUGUUUUCUUCAUUUUUCUGGUAUCGGUGGUAUUCUCCAUGUCUUUUGGGCCAUGUAGCUGGGUCUAUAUGGCUGAAGUCAUGCCAAUGCAGAUCCGGGGCAAAGGCAACGCGUUUGCAGUCGGUAUCGGUAACUGGGCUGUCAGUACGCUGUGGAAUCAGAUCUCGCCUGUUGCUCUGGGGAAACUCCAAUGGAAAUUUUACUUCGUUUUUGUAGCGUGGAACCUCUGCAUAUCUCUUCCUGUCAUUUAUUUCUUCUUCCAGGAAACGAAGCAGAAAUCACUCGAGGAGAUUGACUUGCUAUUUGGUGGACGGUCGAGUGCGCUGCAUGAGGAUGGUGUCAGUGAGCCUGGCACAAAACGGGAUAUACAACAGUUUGACAAGGCAGAGAUGGGUCCCUCUGCAUUGUCCAUCAUCCAAAAUGUCCAGUAG